AUGUGGUGGGUUUGUCUGGUGCUGAUGCUGACACUGAGUGUCUCUAACGGGGCAUCCAUUCACGAUGCGAGACGUUUACAAAGUUACCUGUUUUCAAACUACACACCUGAGCAUAGGCCACUGAACAACCAGAGCGAAACAGUCAAGGUGUCCGCCAUUGUUAACCUGUUAGAUAUAACAGACUUUGACGAUGUGAAACAACAGUUCAUAUGUAAUGCUCUGUUCACUAUAGACUGGAAGGAUGAGUUCUUGGUCUGGGAUCCUGAGGACUUUGGUGGGAUCAAAUAUUUCACGUUCAACAAUGGCUAUAAGGCAUGGUUUCCGAGCAUUACGGUCACCAACACACUGGAAAAGCGAGACAUUUUCAAGGGAGAUACUCAGCGCAUGACAGUUUUCAGUAACGGCACCGUGCUGUGGUUACCGUCCGCCAUCCUGAAGACGUCUUGUCCACUCAAUGUCCGCACUUUCCCCUUUGACGUACAGGAAUGUUCCAUAUACCUUAUGGCCGUGCAUUACAAGGUCAAAGAAGUGGAAUUUGUGACUGGAAGUGAUAACGUCCAUGUUGAUCGAUUUCAAAGAAGCGACCAGUGGGAAUUACUGGACACCAGUUUAUCAUCAAUCAGGACUGGUAAUGUGGACAAGUGGCUUAUUACCCUCAGAUUUCAGCGUCGAUCGUUGUUCUACGUCCUCAACGUCCUCAUCCCCAUCGUCAUCCUGUCUAUUCUCAACAUGGCCGUCUUUGCUGUCCCUGUUGAAUCUGGUGAAAAGCUCUCCUUUGCCGUCACAGUGCUUUUGUCUCUAGUCGUCUUCAUGACGUUUGCAAGUGAACUCAUCCCGAAGACGUCGACAGGGAUGGCUAUGUUGACGGUGUAUCUAACGACGGUGACAGCUUCUAGUGCCAUCAACGUCAUGUUGACCAUUGUUGUUCUGGUCUUUCACAACAAACCGAAACCGAAUGAAGAAGAGAUUCCAAGGUGUUUACAGAAGCUUGUUUCCUUAGCUCUUAAGGUAUCUUGCAGGAAGAUUUAUCCCUUUGACAUGACCUUCAAAGAGAGCUCGCUUGACUGGAAGGAUGUUGCUGAUGCACUGGAAUAUUUUUGUCUGAGAGUGUUUCUUUUUAUUUUGGUUAUAUACACAUUCUCGUUCUUUGUCGCACUAACGGUGUUCUGA